UUGAAUUGAAUAUAAAAAUUUUAAGCUUUUAGACUCUGCAAAUCUUGAGAUACUGGUUAUCUAUCAAUUACAGACUUUCUGCACUUCUGAAUUUACAGAACAGUGAAUACAUAACCAAUUAAUUAUAGCCAUGGAUUUGUUUUUGAUUGCAAUAACACUAUCUACCUCCUUUCUUGUAUUCUUCUUUCUUUUCAAACAAUUUUUCUCAGCUAAAACGCAGAACAGAAAAGUACCUAAAGCUGCCGGAGCAUGGCCAAUUAUUGGCCAUCUUCACCUUCUCAAUGGAACUCAAAUGCCUCACAAAAUUUUUGGUCAUAUGGCUGAAAAACAUGGACCCAUUUUUAGAAUUAAGCUUGGAGUAAACCAAGUUGUGGUGGUUAGUGAUGCAAAAAUAGCAAAAGAAUGUUUCACCACAAACGAUAUGGCCUUUGCCAAUCGGCCUAAAUCCAUAGCUUCAGAGAUUAUAGGCUACAAUUAUGCCAUGUUUGGGCUAGGUCCUUAUGGGCCGUACUGGCGAGAGAUUAGGAAGAUAGCUACAAUUGAAUUUCUUUCCACUAGGCAAGUUGAGAUGUCUAGUCACAUUAGAGAAUUUGAAGUAAAAUCAGCUAUCAAAGAGAUAUAUGAAUAUUGGUUGAAGAGCAAGAGUACAAGUUUAAAUGGUGCUGUGAAAAUGGAGAUGAAGGAAUGGUUUGGAAACUUAAUUAUGAACACUAUGGUGAAGAUGUUAUUCGGAGUACGAUACACAGGUAAGGAAGAAGAAGAAAGAAGUAGAGCUCACAAAGCAAUAAGAAGAUUUUUUGAAUUGAUGGGAGUAUCAGCUGUGGCUGAUUUUUUACCAUAUUUAAGAUGGCUGGAUAUAGGAGGCCAUGAGAAAGCCAUGAAAGAGACUGCUAAUGAAAUGGACUGUCUUGUUGAAGAAUGGUUAGCAGAGCACAGAAGACAGAGGGAAUUAAGAGGAAUAAAAUAUGGUGAUGAAGAAGAUUUAAUGGAUGUUAUGUUGUCCAUUUGUGAAGACAGAGAUCUUCCUGGUUUUGAUGCUGAUACCAUUAUCAAAGCUACAUGUUUGGCUCUGCAAUCAGCAGGAACAGACACGACGAUCGUAACGCUGACAUGGACUUUAUCUUUAAUCCUAAACAACUACCAAGCACUGAAAAAAGCCCAAGAUGAAUUAGAUGCUCAUGUUGGGAAGGACAGAUGGGUUCAAGAGUCAGAUAUCAAGAACUUAGUUUAUCUUCAAGCUAUUGUUAAAGAAGCAUUACGUUUAUAUCCAGCUGCACCACUCUUGCUACCACACGAGUCUAUAGAAGAUUGUGUUAUUAGUGGCUACGAUAUACCAAAAGGAACUCGCUUAUUAGUGAACAUAUGGAAGAUUCAUUACGAUCCAGAUUUAUGGCCAAAUCCCGACGAAUUUAAGCCAGAGAGGUUCUUGACGACACAUAAGGAUGUCGAUGUGAGAGGAAAUCACUUUGAGUUGAUACCAUUUGGUAGCGGAAGAAGAAUGUGUCCUGGAAUUUCUAUGGGACUUCAGGUUGUGCAAUAUGUAUUAGCUGUGCUGUUGCAGGGGUUUGAAAUGAAGAGACCUUUAGAUGAACCGAUUGAUAUGAGUGAGAGCUUUGGAUUGACAAUCCUUAAAGCUUCUCCUCUUGAAAUUCUUCUUGCUCCACGCUUGGCUUCUAAUCUUUACGUAUGAAAGUGCUAAUGAAGUUUGUACCUUUUGAAAUAUUGUAGCCACCGACAAUGCAGUUUUUCUAUAGAUUCAUGGGGUGGAGACAAUGGUCCAGGUGGAUAUAAUGAUGGUAUUUGGACUUACUUUAAUUGGUUAUGGCCUUAAAAGACAGUGACGUGACUCAAGUGAUGGAUAAAUAAAAAGUCAAAUAUUAAAUGCUAUGUCUAUGGAUAAGUGAAGCCCAAUAACAAUUGGCUUGUGAUGUGUAGAUACUCUUUAUAAAUAGAUGCCAAUCUCUCUUUCUCUAGCUAUGAGAAAACCCUCACGUAUUCUGCCUCUUGAAUACGUGAUAACGGUAGACGUCCAAUCAGUCAAGUUCUCCGGGCUGUGAGUCUCAUCAGUCAAGUUCUCCGGACUGUGAGCGCGCAUGGCUAGUGGAUCGUGGAAGUUGGUCUCAAGAUUAAUCGUCAAUCACUGUCGUUACUGUGUCAAUAGAGUUGAACAAUUUGCUUCUUUAUACUUUAACUCUAGAUUAUGUUUAUGUUUGUUUUUUCAUUUCUGUUGUGACUGCGAAAUAAUAAUAUUACGGUAUAAACGUUACGACUC